AUGGUCAAACGGGCGGCGGCGCCCGAUCCGGCGACGGCAUUCCCCGUGCUACGGAGCGCGGGUCAGAAGCCGUUCACGGGGGCGAGGGGCCUCCCAAUCCCCCCACCCGCGUCCCGGUUUGCGGGGCCAGGGCGUUUUUUGAACCCACAAAAAAUCCGGGAGCGGAGGGCCGGGGUGACUCUGCGGUCGUGCGGCCGCGGGUCUGAUCGCUCGCGCGUGCGGGCGGUAGGUGCGCCUGCCUCCGCUCUCGACGGCGCUCUCCCGGCGCCCCUCGGAGACGGGGCCGCCUCACCGUGGGCGCUGCACGGCCGCGGAGAGAGAACUCUCCCCGGCCACUUCCUCGAGACCACUUGGCCCGGCAGUUGGGCCGGCGAGGCGGUGGAUGGCUGUGGGUACGUCUUUGCGUGGCACGUGCUGCCGUACUUUUGA